AUGACUAUUAGAAACACUCUCCAAGACCAUGGACAGAGGUAUCGACCACGCAUGGCUUGUCUCAGGAAGGCAGAGAAGGUGCUGCUGGAGAUGCAGGACCCGAAAACAGGAGUUAAGUCUCAGCCUCAGAGACUUGUUAUCACGACAAUACCGCACGCCAUCACUGGUGAAGACAUACUUGCGUGGUUAGUGGACAGACUCCAGGUGGACACACAAGAGGCGAGGUGUUUUGGCUCUAUGCUGGUGGCGUUAGGAUACAUCUACCCUCUGCAAGACCACAAACGCCUACUGAUCAAACCAGAUGCAUCCCUCUAUCGCUUCCAGACUCCGUACUUCUGGCCCACACAGCAGUGGCCUGUUGAGGAUACAGAUUAUGCAAUCUACCUGGCAAAAAGAAACAUACGCAAGAAAGGAAUCCUGGAGGUGCACGAGCAGGAGCACUAUAACCGUCUUCACAAGUGGAUGAAUCAUAAAUGGGACUUCAUAGUGAUGCAAGCUAAAGAACAGUACAGGGCCGCGAAAGAGAGGAAGAAACCGGACCGUGUGGUGUUUGACUGCCAGGAGAGAGCCUACUGGGUGGUUCACAGACCUCCGCCGGGGACGGUGAGCGCCAUGGACUACGGACUGGAUCGACUAACGGAUCCAAACGCAGACGAGCCUAAAACACCCGACUUCUACGAGAGAAUCAUGAUCUUUACCCAGCAGGCCAUCAUGAGGCCCAGAGUGAAGUCAUCGGUGUCCAUUAGCGCAUUGGUGAAAUACCCCACCACCUAUAAAAACCACGACCCUUUCCUCUCCAAGUGUCUCCCCAGCAACCCCUGGGUCACUGAUGACGUCACGUACUGGACCUUGAACAUGCCCAAUGUGGAAAUACCAACUAAAAUGCGUGUGGAGAGGUGGACUUUCAGCUUCGCAGAGCUGCUCUCCGACCCCAGAGGACGAGAUGAUUUCAGACUCUUCCUGAAGAAAGAAUUCAGCGGUGAGAACUUGGCAUUCUGGGAGGGUUGCGAAGAUCUGAAGUGGGGCGAAGCUGCGACGAUGAGAGAGAAAGCAGAGCAUAUCUACAAGACAUUCCUGGCACGCGGUGCACCGCGGUGGAUCAACAUCGACGGAAAGACGAUGGAAAUCACGGUGAAGGGCCUGAAACACCCGCACAGAUACGUGCUGGACCCAGCCCAAACGCACAUCUACAUGCUCAUGAAGAAGGACUCGUACGGGCGGUACCAGAAGUCUCCAGUGUUUAAGGAUACGACGAAGAAGGCCAUUUGUCCUGAGGAGCACACUUUCAGUGAUGCCCAGUUGGAGCAGAAUGCAAAGAAGAGACAGCCCAGUAUGAGCCCCAUCAUUCUCCGGCAGAUGGAGCAGGAGCAGAGAGCCAAGAUGGCCGCCAAUGUUGACAUCACACAGGUCAUGAGCAAACUCAGCAAGCAGGGCAAGGAGGCGCCCCCCCCUCCUCGUCCUCCUGCUAAGAGAUGAACAUAAACAUGUGAUGUUCAGGGACUUUUCCUACUUAUUUAGUAGAAUCAUAAAUCAAAAAAUACACUGCAGUUUAUUUAUUAGUGAUUAUGUUGACAUUCUAAUGCCAUUUUAAUUUUAAGUUUAAAGCUACUGUAGUCAAUAUUUUUAAAAUAACAACGGGUCAUAUGAGCGUGUUUGAUAAGAAAGGAGUCGUUCGUAGUGAUGAACAAUUCCCCUUCACUAUCGGGAGCUUUAUAGCAUGUUUCAGUUCAUAGUUUCGGUUUUAUAACCCGCAACUUUACUGUUUUGGUUCGCUCUAAUAGCGUUGUAUUUGUGGUUAAAAAUCUUGUGUGUAUUACCUGCCCAGCACCAAACAGCGUAUAUACAAAGUUAGCAACUAUCUGGUGAACAUAGUGGAGCAUUUAGCAGCAAAAGAGCCAGAUAUUUCCCUUAGGGGUUGGUGGAGACCAAAAACGGAGCUAAAAGGAGAUGAAUAUUGGAGAUAUGUUCAGAAACAUGACAAAAACAAAAGAAAGCUAGUGUUGUUUCGUGUCUGUUGGAUGUGUAAAUAAGCAAAUAUCCCUUCAAAAGGUAAUUUGUUAAUGUUAUUUAGCUUGUUUCCGCUGCCCCAUAAGAGGCGAAAAACUGCUUAAUGAUAUUCAAACAUCCACUGACAUACAAAUCAUCACUAAUGUCAAAGAUUCACAAAGAUCUAUAUCAGAUGUGACUUAAAGUAUGAAAAAAAAACUCUUGGUUGACACUUUUGGGUGGUUUUCCUACCACAAAUUAAAUGUAUUUACCUGACAAAUGUCUCAUAAAAACCACAAUGAGAGGAAAGGUUUUGUGAUUUGGGUGAACCGAACCUUUAAACACAUCCUACAUGACUCACGUCUAUACACAAGUCAUGACAAACAGCCUUAUGUGUUACCAUCUGUUACCAUCUGUUACAUUUCUGUCCAUAAAAGCUGUAACUGUUGUCUGUCAUGUUGUUUCUCAUAUUACAUGUGUUGUACUGUCCAUCUUCUCUCAUACAGUGUUCUGUAUUGUACAGUAUGUUUUUCUUUGUCAUCAAUCAUAAGCUAAUAAACCCCC